AUGCUGAUAUCCCUCAUCAGCUCCACAGAAAAAGUUGCAGAAAGAAUUGCCCUUAUCAGACUAAUAUGGAAAGCAGGGCCCCUACACCACAGGCUGUAUGCCUAUAGGGAAGGAAUAGGCGCCCAUGAAUGCCUCAGAAUUGUGUUAUGUGCCAUAAAUGGCAGGAGAUCCAUAGUGGUCUUUUUAAACUUAGAAAAGGCAUAUGAGCUGGCCAAUGUAACAACCAUCCUCUACUCCCUAUUCAGGAAGAGGAUCAAAGACAACCUGCUUACAUGGACAAGAGGAUACAUGCAAGACAGAGGAGCCAGAAUAGUGUUCCAAGGGAGAAUGCCGGAGUACUACUCUCCUGAAAACAGCACUCCACAGGGGGCAGAUUAA